GAUCACUAUGCUAACUGAAGUUACGGGACGUCACUGACGCUAGAAUCAAUAUCUUUUGGAACUUGUAUGUGUGGAAGUGAGAAAGUUGAAAUGAGCGCAAAUUCGGAUGCACCUUUGAUGUUUGUGGCGGCCAUUUUUUAACUUACUAAUUUUCUGAUCAUUUCUGUGUUUAUCCAGACGUUUGUCUAUGUUUCUGAGCACUGACGCGAGUUACAUAGGCAAGUGUAAUAGCAUAUAUGUACUUAUAUGUGACAAAUGAAAACGGGUAGUCAGGCCAAUUAGUGUGUUUCCGUCGAUGUGAUUAAGUGAAAUCGAAUUUCAUUAUUUGCAAUCACAAGCAGUUAGACCACAGUUGGAGUCGCAUAAGUUGCUACAAUAAGAUAUGAGUGUUCUUAGGGAAAGCCGAGAGAACAUAUCAAAGCCCUUAUCUGCGACCCAAAAUAACACUGUCAUCACCCCCGAUGAAGUCCUGCGAUUAUCGAACAUCACUGAUAGGUACCUGUGUGAUCCUGAUGCCAAUAUUUACGAGAUAGAUUUUACGAGGUUUAAAAUUAGGGAUCUGGAAAGUGGAGCUGUUCUGUUUGAGAUCGCAAAACCUCCAAAUAUUGAUUGCGCUACUGAAAUCAACUGUGAAAAUGAUGAAUCAAUUGAUCCAAACUCUGGCCGAUUUGUCCGAUACCAAUUUACUCCACAAUUUUUAAAGUUGAAAACAGUUGGAGCUACGGUGGAGUUUACUGUAGGAUCCCGACCUGUUAACCGAUUUCGAAUGAUUGAAAGGCAUUUCUUUAGAGAUAAGCUCUUGAAAACGUUUGACUUUGAGUUUGGUUUUUGUAUACCAUACUCCCGGAAUACCUGUGAGCAUAUUUAUGAAUUUCCAUCGCUCCCACAAGAUUUGGUGAAUGAUAUGAUAGCUCAUCCCUUUGAAACUCGAUCAGAUAGCUUCUACUUUGUGGAUGAUGGUCUCAUAAUGCACAAUAAGGCAGAUUAUGCCUAUAAUGGAGGCUUACGAUCAUAAUUCGUCAUAUUGUUCAGAUAUGGCUUGUUUGACAAAUUAUCCUUUGGAUAUGAAGUAAUUAGAAUUGGACGCUUUAUAUUUUUGGAUUGAUCUGAAAGCAAUGUGAUUGUUGCUUUUGAUUGACAGACGUUUUCAUUUGUUGCUGGAGAGUAGCUUUACAAAUGUUAUAACAGAAAUAAUUCGGAAGAAAAUAAACAAGUCCAGACACUGACGGUAAACUAGCACAAGUACAUUUUCGGAAAUAUUUUAACUUGCUAUGUUCAUAAAUCCAAUAUCCACUUACAUAUAAGCACUUUAUUAUACUAUAUAAAUAUAUAUGUAUACUGCUGUUGCAAAAAUUCAGUAAUCAAAUGCUCCUGCACCAUAUUUUAUAAAAGCUUUAUAACGGUCAAAAUAACAAAAAAUAUAUCUACAGUUGUAUAGCAAAA